AUGGAAGGCGCGUAUGCCUGCGAGUUUUCACUGAAGGGCACUAAGACCGCGAAGCAUAAGUUUACUGGCGAAUACACCAAGUUUAUUAAAUCCUGUCAUACUCUGCUCGCCCAGUCUGUUCCCCAUCCUGGCUUACAGGCUUCACUGGAGGAUCGCCGUGCUUACGAGGCCGAAACGCUGUUGCGCUUGUUGCCGGGUGAUCCCGGUUAUGUGGGCUGGUUGCUGUCUCCCUACCAAUGA